AUGGAGAACACUGCGGAGAAACCAAGCGGCAACAAGGCCACCAUCGUCAAAAACACGGCUCAGCUCUCCAAGAUCCCACGUCAUAUGCUCUCCACGGCAAAUGCGGAGAACACUGCGGAGAAACUAGGAGAAAGUGGAGAAACCAAGCGGCAAAAGGCCACCAUCGUCAAAAACACGGCUCAGCUCCAAGAUCCCACGUCAUAUGCCUCCACGGUUCCACAUCAAAUCAUUACUCAGCAAGCGGAGAACACCACUGCAACUAGCCUAUCAUCCCCACUGCAUAAGGAGAAGAGGAGGAACUACAAUAGGCAAAUGCGGGAACAUGCGGAGAACACUAUGGAGAACAUGGAGAAACAAGCGGCAAAAGGCCACCAUCGUCAAGAACACGGCUCAGCUCCCAAGAUCCCACGUCAUAUGCUCUCCACGGUUCCACAUCAAAUCAUCACUCAGCAAGCGGAGAACACCACUCAACUUGGCCUGUCAUCCCCACUGCAUUGA